AAGUGCUAUCCAUAGGCUGACGUACACCUUCCUAGCGCGAAUGUUGUUGCUGUGUAACGGAGUGGAUUGCGUAGCUUUUAAAGAUAUAUCAGAAACAAAUAUUCCGCGUCUCACGUUAUUUAAGAACAGCUAUUACGUGCAGGGAGCUAAAGAAGAGAGAUGAAUCUACUAUCUAAUCCGCUAACAACAAAAUCACAAGCUACAACCCAACGUCGCAUAUACCGUCCCAAGAUUACAUGACACUAUGUCUGCAGUAGCUAUGAGCGUACCUUCAAUGGUUGAUACAUUUCAUGACAGAGGUCCAACGAUGUUAUCCGAUCGCCCUUCUAUGUUAUCCGAUAACCCAUCCAUGUUAUCCGAUAGUCCGUCAAUGCUAUCCAGUGCUCCUUCUAUGAUUGAGAGUAGGGGAUCUUACACGGAUCGACCAAGUAUGAUAGCUGAGGAUAACAAUAAACCAGAAAGUGAUGAGGACAGUCUUGUUAGCCCAGACGAUUUAGUUAAUCAUUCGCAAAAGCAAGUCACCUCAAGUAAACGAGGUAAAAGAAAGAAGUAUCAAAAAUAUACACCAGAGGAUCGUUUCGCUAUUGGCAAAUACUGCUUUGAGCAUGGACCUGCAGCUGCUCGUAAAGCAUUUCAAGAGCGAUACCCUGAAAUGAGCGAAAGUGUAACGAGAGGUUUUCGAGAUAAGUAUAAAAUGAUCAUUGGAGAAUCAGCGGUUUACGAGUUUGAGCAAAGAAGACGAAGAGAAUUAAACAAAAGAACUGCUCCGUUGCCAAGAGGAAGACCAAGAAAAUACAAGCCAGUUGAAUUUGAUGAUGAUUUGCCUGCUACUAUGGUACCAAGGAGCAUCACUCCUCCGACACCAAUACUUCCUCGACCCACAAUGUCGCCUCUGCUAAUUGUGGCGAAAAACACAACGCCACCUCCACUGAUUGCUCCAAAACAGACUGUGACCUCGCCGUUACUAGUUACGCGAAAUUCGACACCUCCCUUACUGGUUACGCGAAAUCCGACGUCUCCGUUACCAGUUACGAGAAAUCCGAGUCCACCUUUAUCAAUGACCACAAGAAAAUUGAGUCCUGUUGUGGCUGCUAAGGAAACAAAGAAUACAGAGGCCCAGAACGAGGCAGAAAAGUUCUUGAAAGUUAGAAGUUACUCAACGAAGGAUAUUACACGGAUAGGAAAAAUGUGUGCUGAAGAUGGAAUUCAUGCUACUCGUUUGCAAUUAGAAGUCGAGUUCCCAGAACUAACGGACGAUCUGAUUUUAAAGUUUCAUAAGAAAUAUUUAGAGAGCGAAGGUGUGCUAACACAGCCGCAGGUGUUUAUCUUGGAGGGCGGAGAUUCCGUUUCGACUACCUUGAAAACCAUGGCAACAGCUACAAGUAUAACAACGCAAUCCGACAUGCGACAGAGAUAUGACAAUAUAGUUCAGUCGUCGUUUCAGCCGACAGAAUCACGUGCCGUACACUCAAUAAGCAGAGACUAUGCACUUGUGAGAGAACGUUCAUUCGAUGAACAACGUGUAAUCUCAAUGCCAGCUGCAGCAACAAGAGAAAAUGGUUUUCGCUCACCUCAACCUGUGCACACUUUAUCGCGCCCGGUGUCGUCAGUUGGGUCUGGAGCGAGAAUAACAGGACACGCUUCUCCUAUUAUCCAUUACCCAAAAGUACAUAGCGAAGUUGAAUAUCAUUACCAUGGCAUACAUGAGACUAGAGGAAUUAAACGUGAAUACAGCUCUGCGAUGGAGACUGAUAGCUACGGCGGAGGAGGUUAUCCGUACGACAGGCAUGCUUACGAUCGAAGAUCGACUGAGAUGAGCAACGGUGUCAACGAUAUUGUUAAUAAUGAAACUGCUAGUGCGCGUGCUAAGCGGUUUAAAUAUCAGAAAUACACGCCAGAAGAUCGAUAUAAUAUCGGUAAGUUAUGUAACGAUAUUGGUCUUGGCGCGACUGUGAAAGUUUACAGGGAGCAAUUCCCAAGACUGAACGAAAGCGUAGUCAGAACGUUUCGAAAUAAGUAUCGUGAGUUACUUCAAAAAGGAAAUGGUACCCCAACAGCGGAAGCCAUUGAAAGAAAACCCAGCCGGCGCUCCAUAUCGGGACUCAUUGAAAACGAGGUUGUUUCGCAGUUGCGCCAGUUUAAAAUUUCCCAAAUCGAGUUGUCACCAAAUUUAGUAAUUGCUGUGAGUGAGAAUGUUAUCGCUUCGAAAGAUCCACGAGAAAGCGCGGGGAUGAAGGCUAUGAUCAAUAAAGAAUGGGCAAAUUCGUUGCUAUGGAAACACAAACUUAUCGAGAAACCUGCGAUUAACACGAACAAUGUCUGUUGUGAAAGAUGCAAGUGUGUUUUAGUCUGUCCGAAAUGUAAUUAAGCGAGGCAAACUAAUCGAGCAAUCAUUAAUGAUAUUGCAGAAACAUUUUGAGGCUGAGAGAGAGAGAUAGAUUUUGAAAUCAAUUUUAUAUAGCUUUUACUUACUUUUUCACCAAAUUGACUUUGUAUAUAUUUUUUGGGAUAAACCUAUUUAUUUUUUCGUUUGUACUAUAUUUUGUUUUUUAUUAUUGUAUAAUCGAAACUAAACGUAAGCGAGAUUUUAAAUUG